AUGGAGAACCUGCUGAAGGACUUUGAGGUGCCUCCGAAGAAAGCGUCGGAGGAGGCGCUGCGCCGAUGGCGGAAGGCGGCGUGGGUGGUGAAGAACCCCGCCAGGAGGUAUCGCUUUGUUGCAGAUUUAGACAAACGCAGCGAGGGUGAGGCCAAGCGCCUCAAGAUCCAGGUCCGUUCUAUUUCCCUGUCUAUGGCGUCUGUCUCGCGUUCAGUCCCGUCGUGUUCUCGAUCUCCCGUCGAAUGUUCAGUGGCUGUUUCUUCUUUGAUAAGCUAUGUUUCUCUCUCCUCCGUCAUGAUUCGAUGCCGUGGAAACUCCGAAGAACUCUCUAAAUUGUCUCGUUCGGCGGGAAAUUUGUAUGCGGAAAUCUUCCGGUUAAUUUUUCUGAGGUGUCGAAGAUCAAGCGACGUCCCAAUGUCGUCUCUGUUCUCUCACUUAUGGAACCACGGAACAGUAGCUUAGAGGAAGGAAAAAAGCAGUGUUUGCUAUCUUUCUGAUCCCCAUUGGGGAAUUCGUGGCGUGACUCGAUUGAAAUGAUCGGAGGAGUUUCUUCCCCCAUCUUCAACCCCAAUGGAACGCUGUCGAGCGUCCCGGGACUCUGGUUCUCGAGACGGACGAGAUUCCAAAUCUCGAUUAGUGUAAACACGAGAAAAAUCUUGUCGGGGCCCUUGAAACCAGGGGUGGCUUUCAGUGAACGCCGAACAACCUUUAGCCUAUUCUACGAAGAACUGAGAAGGAAGCUUCUGCGAAGCUGUGUUUGAAGAUGACAUUGAGAAGGCUCUCUGGCACGCUUCUGACUGCUGUGGCCUUAUUUAUUAUGCGGUCGUCUUAUUUUCAUCUGUACUUAUAAUAUGAUACCCACGUCUCACCUUGUACUUUCCUCUACUCCGAGAGGGUGUCUAGGUCGGCACGUGUUUCCUCUUCAGGUCCUUUUCUUGGGGUUGGUUGUUGAUGACGAUGACUACCUCGAUGCCCAUUCUUGACCUGAUAUGUAGGGUGAGGGCUUCCUCCAUCUGACCUUAAGAAGUGGAUGGCAUCAAUUUCCUCGUCAUGAGAUCUCUGAGGCCACUGUAAUCAGGUUAGCGGGUUCAGAAUGGUGUUAGAUUCCUCCUUGACUUAAUGACUGUUUUUAUCAGGGCUUGGGACCCGGGGUGCAUCAGGGGAGAAAGAGAACCCUGCAAAGUUCGCAAGGCCUUUAUUGAGAGUAGCGCUUUGGGAGCUCUUAAGAGUCUUGGCGCGAGAGCCUGGUCUGUGGUUGACUGUAGUUUUCUUCGGUUGAGCUGAGGGAUCAGUUGGAGUAGGACAGCGAGCAGUUGCAUAUCUAACUUAAUAGACAUCCCGCCAGUACAAGGUUUGAGACGGGACAGACCUUAUCCGGCUUGGUGUUCUGCAUGGAAAGCGGCCAGUUUGGACUGUGCAAGCCAACGACAACCGGUUCACUAAGACGUUAAAUAUGAAACCGAUAGAGAAGAUUCCUGUGAUUCCAGGCUCGUUUGAAGUCGGGUUCCAAGUGGUGCUUUGUUUUACUCGCCUAAAAGAUAUAAAUGAGGCUUCUCACUUAACCUUGUACCAGUUGCCUUCUGGUCUUCACAGGCUAGAAACAAUCUUGAACAUUCAUAACCAGUCAGAAUCUUAUGACAACCAGUGGCCUUAUUUUUCAUUUAGGGAACAAGAUUAGUUGACAGGCUUCUGAGCUUUUUUGGCUUUAAUAUUGUUUGACACCAGGUGCAUGUGUAGAUUUGUUUCGUAUGUCCAAUUUGGGCUAGUGAGAAUCAUUCGUGCUUUCCCUGUUGGAAAUAAUUCGGAACCAGUUUGUAAAGCCUGAUUCUGGACCAUUUUUAGUUCUCUUUUGAAAUAGCUCUAGAAACUCUGCCGAAGAAAUGUUCUCUUCUUAAGCAGAAGUAAUGAUGCAAUUAUUCGUUUGUGAAGAUGUUUGUGAAGGAGGAGAUUCGUUAGCUUAGUGUGGAUUUCAGUCUCAUAUCUGACCAUAUACGUAUAAUAUGGAGUCAUGUAAAAUAUUUUUUUUUACAUUCCCUCACGUCUGUGGUGCUUUCUACAGGAAAGGCUUCGAGUUUGUCUCUAUGUUCACAAGGCAGCUCUCACUUUUAUAGAUGGUAUGACCCCCCCUAAGUUGAUGUUUUCCUUAAGGCAAAUAAUAUGCUUGCACAUCUUGUAACUGUUCUUUUAUCUCUCCUGUUCAGCUGUUCCAUCUGGAAGAGAAGAGUACACUCUUCCGGAAGAGUUCAAAAGAGCUCGAUUUCUUAUUCAUCCAGAUGAACUAGCAUCAGUUGUAGGCCAGCAUGAUUUCAGAAGGCUGAAGACUCAUGGCCAUCUGGAUGGGAUAUGCAAACAAAUUCGCUCAUCACUUAGCGAGGGAAUCAUCACAGAUGAUUUAUCUGUCAGACAACAAUUGUUUGGCUUCAACAAAUAUGAGGAAAAACCAUCCAGAACCUUAUUUAUGUUUUUUAUUGAUGCAUUACGUGACUUGACGCUAAUCAUUCUCAUUAUCUGUGCUGUUGUUUCUAUCACGGUUGGACUUGCUACUGACGGAUGGCCCGAAGGUUUGUAUGAUGGGUUGGGAAUCGUACUUUGUAUUCUCUUGGUUAUCAUAGUUACUGCCGUCAGUGACUAUAAACAAUCAUUGCAAUUUAGAGAUUUAGACAACGAAAAGAAGAAGAUUCUUGUUCAGGUUACACGAGAUGGUUACCGACAGACAAUCUUCAUUCAUGACUUGGUUGUUGGGGACGUUGUUCAUCUAUCAAUAGGAGAUCAAGUACCAGCUGAUGGGCUAUUUAUAUCUGGUUACAGUCUGUCAGUAGAUGAAUCAAGCUUGACUGGUGAGAGUGAGCCUGUGAAUGUAUCUACAGAGAAACCAUUUCUACUGGCAGGGACCAAAGUACAGGAUGGAUCUGCCAAGAUGUUGGUGACAUCUGUUGGUAUGAAGACUGAAUGGGGAAGACUAACUGAAACUUUGAAUCAGGGAGGGGAAGAUGAGACCCCUUUGCAAGUUAAGUUGAAUGGCGUUGCGACCAUUAUUGGGAAAAUUGGUCUGGGUUUUGCCAUUUUGACAUUUUUAGUCCUGUUGGCUAGAUUUCUUAUAGGAAAAGCAGUUCACGGUGGUAUCUUACACUGGUCAUUCAAUGAUGCUCUGUCAAUACUAAAUUAUUUUUCCAUUUCAGUGACGAUAAUAGUUGUUGCUGUUCCUGAAGGUUUGCCUUUGGCUGUGACACUCAGCCUUGCAUUUGCAAUGAAAAAAUUAAUGAAUGACAAGGCUCUUGUGCGCCAUCUUUCUGCAUGUGAGACAAUGGGAUCUGCUAGUAGUAUAUGCACUGAUAAAACUGGAACCCUAACUACUAAUCACAUGGUAGUAAAUAAAAUAUGGAUUUGUGACGUAAUAAAGUCUUCAAUGGAUGUUUGUAAAGAUUUGAGUUCUGUGAUGUCUGAAACUGUUUUGAAUAUUCUUAUCCAGUGCAUAUUUCAAAACACUUCUUCAGAGGUAUGUAGAAGCAAAGAAGGUAAAAUGACCAUUUUAGGUUCUCCUACUGAGAAAGCGUUGAUGGAAUUUGCCUUGAAUUUGGGUGGUGACUUCGAUGCACGAUUCCAGGGAUGUGAGAUUAUCAAGGUUGAGCCCUUCAAUUCAGUUAAGAAAAAGAUGUUUGUCCUUGUGUCUCUGAAAGAGGGAGGUUUUCGAGCAUUCUGCAAAGGUGCAUCUGAAACUGUCUUGCAAAUGUGUGACAGGUUUGCUGAUAAUGCCGGCAAUUGUGUGCCUUUGUCAGAAAACAAAGCCAAUGAAAUAAUGGACGUUGUUAAUAGUUUUGCUUGUGGAGCUCUGAGGACGCUAUGCAUAGCCUUCAAGGACAUAGAAAGAACCACUAAAGAUGAUGAUAUUCCUGCUAAUGGAUAUACCUUGGUGGCAGUUUUUGGCAUUAAAGAUCCAGUACGGCCUGGUGUGAAGGAAGCCGUUGAAACUUGCAUUUCUGCUGGUAUUACUGUGAGGAUGGUGACUGGAGACAAUAUUAAUACUGCAAAGGCUAUUGCUAAAGAAUGUGGCAUCCUAACGGAUGGCGGUUUGGCUAUAGAAGGUCCAGUUUUUCGUGAAAAGAGCGCUGCGGACAUGGAAGAGCUGAUUCCUAAAAUUCAGGUUGCAUUCUACUACUCUGCAUACCUGGUAACAAUGAACCUGUGAGUCUAAACAAUUAAUUCUGUAUCUGCUUCAGGUCAUGGCACGUUCUUCACCUACAGACAAGCAUUUGCUAGUCAAUCAUUUAAGGAAAAUGUAUGGGGAAGUUGUAGCUGUGACAGGAGAUGGAACGAACGAUGCACCUGCAUUGCAUGAAGCAGACAUUGGGCUGGCUAUGGGUACAGGAACUGAGGUGCGCUUCUCUACAGUAUGCGUAUUGAUUAGAAAUUCCUUCUAAAUAAUCCUAUUUUGCUUUGGAAGUUAUGUGGAUGACCUAUGGGAAAAUUCUUAGGGGGUUAUUCUCUGGAAGUGAUAUCUGCUAUUUGGAGAAAGGUAGAUGAAUUUUAGGCGAUUCCAUUUCCUCAUGGCAGUGUAUAAAAUUUGGAAGUUUUAAACAAGUCCAUGCCAAUUUUUUUCCUCAACAAUUCAAAAAAAUCAGGAUGUAAAUCCUGGUUUAUGCUUAUUAACAUCAUAGAUGUUGCAUUUUGCAUAUGUAGUAUGCAGAAUGGUAUUUAGUGCUAAACGGUUAAUCAUGGUUUGUAGUGUCUAUUUUUUCCCUGAAUUCGAUGCAUUAUAGCUUCUUGUUCUAGAAGAUAGCCUAUGACACUUUAAUCUGAGAAAGGAAUCUAUGGAUUUCACAGGGAUAGACGAUUUUAGUCAUACAUAGCUUGUACUCCCUAACGUUUUUGUUCUAACUGAACCUGCUUCAAUGCUUCACUUGUCAUGACCGUUUAAAGUAAGAUGUACACCUUUGGUGAAGCAAAAAAAUCCAAAAUGGGGGGGCAUGAUGCUGGAGAUUGGAUAACUCUCAUCCUGAUCAAAAUCAAUGCUUACCCAAUCCGAGUCUGUGGAUUUUGAACUUAGUUUAUGAUUCAUCUUAACCUCAUUUCUUUUAUUUAGUCUUUUCAGCAACUUUGACUAAUUCAGCAUAUUUUGCUUGUUUCUUUGCAAUCUCUGUGCUUUUCAUAGUCUCCCUCAUGGUAGUAGGUGACACCUCUUUUCACUUGCUUAAUAGAUUACUGAACAAAGUUAUGAUAUAAUGACUCAUGAAUCUCGAUAGUCAAUUGGUAUAUGCAGGCUAUGCCCUGUUUUAUGUAAACAUUUACUCAAGUAAAAUUUGCAUGUCUUUUCUUACUCCCUCCCUCAACAUCAUUUUCUAAUCCUCUGUUGUAGUAAUUGUAAUGAUACAAAAUCCAGCAGUUUCGUCCUCCAUGUAGCCAAGUUUUGUUUUUCAGAUCCUUUGGAUCCCAAGUCUUACAUUAGGCGCUUUUUCCCUCUCCAGUGAUAUAUCCUUUGCUCUCAUUUUUCUUCAUUUCGUGUGAACUCUGAAAAUGAUCUUCACUCAUCGCCUAUGAUCUUCAUGGUUGAAAAGGAGUCAUUUUUCAUAGGUGUGUGACAACAAAAUAAAAACUUGAUUGGUCAUGAUUGGGUUUAGUAAGGCUUUACUGAACUUUAUUACCAUUUUUGGUAAAAGUGCAUGAUACAAAAAUUAUGCAUGAUUUUCCAAACUAAUAGGAAAUUUCAUAAUUCCUCAUUACGCCACUGUCUGUUUUAAUAGGAUCCAACAACGUCUUUGAACAAUACAUGCGAUAACAAUGAUAGUCAUUUUUAUGUUUGUAAGUGUCGUCCAGAGUUCUCUCCACAUUCAUCAUGAUUGCUGUCAGAACUACAUUUUCACGGUGGUGAUGUCUUCACUGAUAAAGAAACAUUUUUGACAUCAAUACCGAAAUUUGAUUGUACUGGUUUCUUGAGUACAUGAUUAUAUUUCACAUUAGAUUUUUUCUAGCCUCUUUGAUAUCAAUAUUGGCGGACUUCGAAGGUGAAGAUAUAUUUUUUUCUUGUGAAAUAAAAUAUGUUGUUGAUGUUUGAUCAGCUUACAUUGAAUAAUAAAUUUUAAUAAAAUGUACCAAUAUUUUUCGUUUUAUGCUGAAUUUUAAGCAUAUUUGCAUUGUUAUAAAGGCAGCAUCCCCUCUUAUACUGCCUUGUUGUAUAUGCCAAGGAAAAGCAUGAUAUUCUUUAUAUUUUCCAAUGAUAUUUCUAUCAAUCCAAAAGGUCAUUUCUCUGUAUAAUGUGUCUUAAGUACCUUCUAUGUUUUGUUCUUGUAUGCAACCAAUCACUGUACUCCUAGGAAGCCUUUUCCCUUGGUGAUGCCCCGGUAAUAUUUAAUGAUACCUCGAGGACCGUCAAAAAACUAUUGUAAAUUAGUGCUAGCCAGUGCAUACGCCAUGCUGUUUUUUAUCCUUGUGAAGCUCCAAACUUCUGAGGACUCCAGUGUUUUCACAAGGACAACAGUAGACUGACUACUUGCCGAUAAAUGCUGAAAAAUAAAACAUUGACCAUGAUUCUGAGGAAUGGACUGAAUUCUUGGAAUAAAAAAUAGUUACUUUGGGCUGGAUUAAAACACUCCAUCUGGCUAUCUGAGAUGCCCUCCCGUAGUAGGAAUGCUUCUGCACUACCAGAUAUGGCCAAGAUGGGAAAGUUUGGUGAACAAACCUUCUAAUAGGAUGCCCGGUAGGGGCUGGAUGUGUUACCUCAAGAGGCAUGCGCAGGACAAAUGAAAGCUGGGUCAGGGCUAUUCCCAUGCAAGGUGUGAUGCAAAAGGGUAUGCCACGGUCUGUAAGCCUUAUUGGUGAACGUAAUAUGAAGUGAGAGCCUGUGAGGGCAUUACCACAAAGAUUGGGGCAGCUUUGAAGGUUUCACAGUGCUUUGGCGUUGUGGUGUAUGAUAUAUUUGAUGGACUUGUAGAAAAGAGCCUCGCAUCCAGUGGGGCUGCUCUGCACAAUGAUGAUGGGCACAAGGGCAAGCUAAGCACUGCUACUUGAGUUGAUGGAGGGUGCUGGACCUUUGAAUCCUUUUCUAGGGAGAAAUUGCAAUUGGGGAGGAAUAUUUAAAAUCUACUGUUAAUGACAAUGACUUUCUUGAUUUGAAUUCAAGCAUUGAUCCCUUCUCUAGGGAGCAUUUCUCGUGGUUUUAGUGUGAAUCUCAAUGCCCUAACGACAUUUGAGAUUGUGGAUCUUAAGUCUUUGGAACACAUUGGUGCAUUUGGGCCAUCAUUGGAGGUUAUGUGUGUGGAAAAAUUCCUGGUCAUGGUUAAUACCUUGUGAGAAGGUGACAUCAGAACAAGAAAGUUGUAACACUUUUCAUAGUAUUUGAUCAUCUGAAUCAAAUGUGGAGCUCAAUAAAGCAUAAUAUCAGAGUCGUAACUUCUGCAUUUUAUGUCCAUGGGAGACAAUAGUUACAUAUCAAGCCAUAAUAAUGCUCUUAUGGAAGCCUUGUAGAUAUCAAAAGAUGUACAAUGUAUGCAGGGAUAUUCAUCAGUCUGUUGCCUGUUCAGUCCUUUUCUUUAAUAGGCUUCCUUGGUCGCUCAUCCAGAUGUGGAAUGAAUUCGUUCAUAUUAUGGGCCUUUUCAUUAUGGUUUCUUGUUAUAUUCUAUCAAUCUUCCAUUAUUCCUUUACUCUUUCUGUGUGCGCUUCACUUCCUUGUCAGCCAUUGACCUCAACCCAUCGUCAAGCAAACCUCACUGAUGCCAGGGUUUUCACAUAAAUUUAUUAAAUAUCAGUCCUCUUGGAAAUUUUACUCCUGAACGUAUACUACGCAAUUAAACAUAACAUUUAAAGUAACAAGAGUUUAAGAGGGCUGGAAAAAAAGUAUCAAUAUGAGCACCAACGGUUUUGGACAUAUUCCUGAAUCAUUUCUGCCUCAUCCUAUCUUGUUUCUUUGUAUGUAAUUGGAAUGUGUAUGGUUGCAGAAGGGCCUGUCUGAGCGCAUCAGAUCACUAGCUGCACUUUGCCCUUUGCGUUAAUUGGGACUAUGGCUAGCCAGUAGGCUACUCCUAGCUGCUGGUUUCUGUGGUAUCGUGUUUUAUCUCAGCCGGUUGGUUGCAGCAUGACAGUUAUAACAUUUGGACAGGCCUUUGUAAACGGUUUCAUCAGGAAGUAUCGUCUGAGCUUUUGGUAAAGCUGCUAGAAAUCUGUUGAAAAUAACUGUAUGACACAAGUUUGUGCAUUAAAAUGCUUCGUUGAAUGGAUUAAGUGAGACCCAGCAAAUCAUAAAUGGCAUACAUAAGAAACCAUUCAUCAAGAACUCCUUCCACAUUGCUUGAACAGGGAAUGUUUUACCCUUUACAUUCUAGACUAUUUUUUCAAGCUGGAAGUAAGGACGCAUAAAAUCUACUCAAAUUUUAAAGUAAAAAAUGGGAAAUAACUGUAUUCCAAUCACACUACCAUAUUAGCUGAAUCCUUAUAAACUGAAAAGGGUACUCUCUUGAAAUUGAUUUUGAUAUCCUACAGUCUCGUCUAACAAAAUAAAUGUAUAAUAUUUCUGUUUGUUCGGGAUAAUGCUUUGGGUGAGAUGAACACCAAUGUAAACUUUCAGUGAACUGAAAAGAUAAUACAUAUUGUUAAUGUUAUCAUACCCCACACCAAAAUUAAAAUGCCCCUGGAUCGGUCAUAUGGUUGACUGGGUCAUGUUGAGGAGGUUAUACUAGGAUACAAAUCCGAAUUAUGGUCAUUUCAUAUUCAUUGAAGAAAUGAGACGGGCCAUUUAUCUGGACUAGUGCCAAACAGCUGAAAUAACUUUCAUAAAACUUCCCCAUAGUGCCUCAAAUAAACAAAACUUUAUGUGAGCUGCCUUAAUGAGUCUUUCUCGCGUUGAUGUUUACACUCUUUUAUCUGCUUCUGAAUAUAUUAUAUGUUUAAGCAACUUAAUAUUCUCGUUGGGAAGAAACAUUGACCUCUUAUGGGGUAUGAUGUUCUCUUCAGUAUUAUUAUUAAUUAAAUUUCAUGUUCGUGUAAUGGAACUUGCUUUCUUUUAUAUAUUUGAUUUUCUAUUCUUCUCUCUCGAACCUGGUCUCACAUUUGGAUAGUAUUUCUCUUCAGUUUGUUUCACUCUUAUAGUUCGAAUUAUUUUGCAGGUAGCUAAAGAAAAUGCUGACGUAAUCGUCAUGGAUGACAAUUUUACAACAAUAAUCAAUGUAGCUAAAUGGGGUCGUGCAGUUUACAGAAACAUCCAAAAAUUUGUGCAGUUCCAGCUUACUGUUAACAUAGUUGCAUUGAUUCUCAAUUUUGUCUCAGCAUGUGUAACAGGUAACGGUAACAAAUGGCUUGUACGUAGUGUCAUUUUUUUGUAUGGUGACUUUGUUUCUAAUGGUAAUUUUUAUAAACUCCAGGAACUACUCCUCUCACAGCUGUUCAGCUUUUGUGGGUCAACAUGAUUAUGGAUACUCUGGGUGCUUUGGCACUGGCAACAGAGCCGCCAAACGAAGAAAUGAUGAGAAAACCACCAGUUAAACGAGGUGCAGAUUUUAUUACGAAGAUUAUGUGGAGAAACAUAUUGGGCCAGGUUGUGUACCAGCUAGUUGUUCUUGGAGUUUUAAUGUUUGAUGGGAAGCGACUGCUUAAUAUAAGUGGUUCAGAUGCAAGUUCUAUUCUGAACACAUUCAUAUUCAAUACCUUUGUGUUUUGCCAGGUAAACUUUUGGGUAAAUGCUCAUGGUUAAUGUGUAUUUUCGCGUUAAUAUUCUCUCUUUAACUCCGUAGUUCCUUUUUUUGUGGUCAUGUUGACUGUUGACUAGCCACUUAUUUAUUUUAUUAUUGGUCUGGGGAUAGUCUGAUUCAAUUCAGGGGGACUGACGGGGUCUGGUCUCUUAUGUACUUAAAUAAUUUCUUACGAAAGGUAUAUCUGGAAGGAAAUUAGCUAAUCUCACUAGGGUAUCUCCGGUGGCUACUUGAAACCAUGUACAGAUACCAGGUGAGUUACCCGUGCUCUAUAGUCCAAAACUAAGCUUUCAUGGUUGACUGAGAUCCUAAGCUCAUACUUUUGCUUUGAUGACAAACCAUAUUGCUGUAAGCGGGAUCUAGAGGCUUUAAUUCACUGAGGAAUUUGUUGCCCCAACAAGUGUCAUAUAAAUAGUCUUAGAGUUAUCUUAAUGAGUUGAAGGAGAUCGACAAUCAACAUCCCUGACGGACUCAAUGGAAAAAUGCAGCAUACUGAUUAAUCUUUCUUCAGGAUUUAUUGUAUGCAAUGAAUCAGCUCUUUCAAUUGGCAUGCCCCUUGGAAGGAUCAUAUGGAGGAAGAAAAACAAAUUUUUAGGUACAUUAUUAGAGAUGUGAGUAAAUGAAAAAUAUCAGUUUGGGGUGUGGGUAUUGUGCACCUGAUUUGCAUGACGUAUUGAGUUAUGGCCAGACUGUAAACUUGGUGGCCUGAUAACCAGAAAAAAGUGAGGGAGGUUAUAUUGUCUGACUUUCAGUGUGCUAGUCCUGCGAGAAACAGAAAAUUCCACCAUGGUAAAGCAGAAAAGGAGAAUACAGAGGACUCCAGUAUUGCAACAUGGGAGAUCUGAUAUCAUCAGUAUAAGAUGAACUGUUUGGGAGAUAACAGUAAUUUCCUUUCCUGGCUGCAUGCUCUCUCUGCUCCCUUGUUUUCUUCCCUAGAAGAUGGUGCACAUACCUCGUAUAGGGAAAAUAUCAGUCCACAUUCCUUGAACCAAUUCCUGUGGUUAACCUUUGGUUACAAGCUAAUCCAAUAACAGGAUCCGACUGCUAGCUCUAGAUGAAGAUGAAGUUCACCCUUGAAGAUUCUUCAUUGCUUGGUUAUUCUAUUGUCUUGGUUCAUCUAGCAGUGAGUGAUGCAGCCAGAUGGUUGAAGAAAUUUUAUCUAAGUUAUAUGCUUAGCUGUCCUAAUUUAUUUUAUUUUAGAAGAGAAUAACAUUUUAGUAAUGGUUUGUACUAGCAGUUAUCUAUAUAGUGGAGGGUCAACAUUUCAAGCUGUCCAUUAAGAGGCAAGUGAGUUAAGAGUCAGUUCGAGUAGGCCUCUUUCUCUUCUGAUAUAAAAGAGACAGGAUUGCGAUGAAGGGAGUGCUUUUUACGAUACUUUUGACUAGUAAUUUCUCUUUAUUCCAUCCUCGUCCUCUCUCCAUUCCAAAAUCUGGGUCACAUCAAUGAGCUACUAAGAUUUGUUUUUAUUAUAAUUCGUGGUAGUCAAAUUUUCAUUCAUUCAUUUACUGUAUUUAUUCUUUUAUUUCCUUCUUUUGAUUCAUUGUCUCACUAAUGUCUUCUCACCUUGUGAUCACAUCCACCAGGUCUUUAACGAAAUAAAUAGUCUCGAAAUGGAAAGCAUUAACGUUUUCCCCGGAAUCUUCCGCAGCUGGAUGUUUGUGGCUAUUAUUUCUUCCACAGUUGUAUUUCAAGUGAUAAUAGUGGAAUUUCUGGGCACUCUGGCAAGCACAGUACCUUUGAGUUGGCAAUUAUGGUUAGUUAGCGUUCUUAUCGGAUCUGUAAGUAUGAUCGCCGCAGUUAUCCUAAAAUGCAUCCCGGUUGAACGAGGAAAUCGUUCACUCGGUGAUGGGAAUGGCUAUCAACCCCUUCCCACCGGUCCAGAAGGAGUUUGA